AUAAUCUUAUAAUUACGUGUUCGUGUACGUGCUGCUAUAAUACAGUUUCCGUUUACAGUACACAUACUCUUGAAAAGAAAAUAUUUUCUUUAAAAAAUAAAAGAAAACAAUUUAUAUUCAUUUAUAAAUAAACUUGUAUAUUCGCCGGUUGUUCGUUGAUUUUGCAAAUAAAAUUCAUCACAGUGAUUGAAGAUAUUGCAUUUAAAUUUGAAGUAAUUCAUAUAUACAGUUUUCAAAGCAAAACCAAAGAUGACAACUUGGCAGAACAAUCCAGGUGGUGGAUAUCCAAGACAAGAAGAUCAGUAUCCGAAUCCAGGUUAUCCGGGAUAUCCACCAAAUCCGGGUUAUCCACCAAAUCCAGGUUAUCCACCGAAUCCAGGAUAUCCUCCAAAUCCAGGAUAUCCUCCAAAUCCAGGCUAUCCAGGAGCAUAUCCAGGAGCAGCUCCACCAGAUCCAGGCUUUAUUCCAGCCCAAAGUGCAUUUGGCCAUCAACCACCACAAGGACCAGGAAUGUACGGGUCAAAUUAUGCCGAGGAUCCUAUGCAUGAUGAAAUCAAGGGUUUUGAAUUUAAUGACGAAUCCAUUCGAAGAGGUUUCAUAAGAAAAGUCUAUUCAAUAUUGAUGAGCCAACUUCUUCUCUCAGUUGGUGUAAUUGCAUUGUUUUCUUAUCAUGAACCCACUAAGAAAUGGUUUGAAAGAAAUCCAGCAACGGUUUGGGUUGCACUUGGCGUUACAUUUGCUCUAUUAAUAUGUAUGGCAUGCUGUUCAAGUGUUCGUCGUAAGGCGCCAAUGAAUUUUGUUUUUCUCGGCAUUUUCACAGGUGCCGAAUCAUUUUUAUUGGGUGCAAUUUCUUCAAGAUAUGACAGAGAUGCCGUGAUUCUUGCUGUUGGUAUAACUGCUGCAGUAUGUUUUGGAUUGACAAUUUUUGCAUUUCAAACAAAGUUUGACUUUACGGCAUUAAAUGGAAUUCUUUUUGUUGCAUUAAUUGUAUUUGUCUUAUUUGGAUUGAUUGCUAUGUUUUUCCCGGGUAAAACAAUGUCACUUGUUUAUGCAUCAAUUGGUGCACUUUUAUUUUCAGUUUAUCUUGUUUACGAUACACAAAUGAUGAUGGGAGGUAAACAUAAAUACUCGAUAUCACCCGAAGAAUAUGUCUUCGCUGCACUCAAUCUUUAUUUAGAUAUUGUCAAUAUCUUUUUAUAUAUUUUAACUAUUAUUGGCGCAUCACGAGACUAGGAUUAAUUUUAGUUACAGUGUAGCUAAAAUUUAUAUUAUUUGAAAGAGCUCGCUGUAACUUUCAUCAAUCACAAAAAAUAAAGUCAUUAAGAAAAAAAUUUAAUUUAUAAAAAAAAAAAAAAUUAUAUAAAAAGUAUUUCAGGCUUCUUUAUAAGUGUAAAACUUUUUGGAUAAUCGAACCAAGAAAACAACGAGCGAUUAUGAAAUACGAUUUUUUUUUUUUUUUGAUUACUUCAAAUUCGAAAUAAUUUUCUCUUUUGUUUAUCAAAAUUAAUCAAGUGUAGUGUCGUUGCAUUAAACGGAUAUAUUGGAUAGCUUGAGGAUACAUUUUUUAGUCAUUAAUUUUCUUAAUUUAUUUUCAUAUACUCGAUCAUAUUUUUGUAUAUUUAUAACUCUUUUUGAAAGUAUUGAAAAAAAAAGUGAGUAAGAAAAAAAAAUACAACAAACUUUCUAAGUAUUAUACGUCAAUCAAAAAAUUUUCUGUAUACAAUAGAAAAGAAAAAUCAAUAAUUUAGAAAUUUUCUUUACUAUUGAGUAAUAAUAAUAAUAAUAAUUUUACUCAGACAAUAAGUGAUUAACAAUAUAUUUCAUAAUUGAUUUAAAAAAAUUUCUCAAUGAAUAUUUGGAAAUUUUUUUCAAAAUCCAGGAAAGUUUUCUUUCAAAGUUUAAAAAAGUAUUUCCAUAUUCUACGUAAAGAAAAAGAAAUUCAAUUUAUUUUCUAAAAACUACGUAUAUUAUAUAAGUUAAGAAAAAAAAAAAAAACAAUUUUAUAGCUAAAUAUUUUGUAGAGUCUGGGUUAGAAAAAAAUAUUCUUACAUAAUUUAAUAAUAGUUAUUUCAUUUUAUUUGAAAAUACCAAAUAUUUGUUAUUCUUUGAAAAACACAUUAAUGCAAAAAAAAAAGUUGUUACAGUUUAAUAAUAUUGAAUAUUAUGUAUUAAUUAUAUACUUUUUUUUCACUUCAUUUUGAAAGCACUUAAUUGUCGAUUUACUGAAAAAUAAUGUCAAUUCUUUUACAAUUGUUAAUAUAGAGAAUUAGUAUAUAUAUAUAUAUAUAGAAAAAAAAAGUUGUGAAUUUUUGCAGUAAAUCCUUAAUUAAUUGUUUAUGUAAUUUUUUUUCCAUUUAUACGAAUGAAUAUUAAUUUUAGCUAGUGAACUGAUGGCAAAUGAAUAAUAAUAGAAAAUGUCGCGUGCAUUACACUACAAUUACCUUCCCUCCCUCCCUCUCUAAAUAUGACAAGUCUGAUGAAAAAAAAUUCUUGAGAAAGUAAUUAUUAUUUUUUUGUUUUUUAAAUUCCUUUGACAGUGGAUUUUUUUUUUCCCUACAAUGUAUUGUAGCUAUUAUUAUAAAAAAUAAAAAAUGUUUCAUCGGGCAAUUAAUGAUAUAUUAUUCUUAUAUAUGAAUCGAAGAGUUGUAUCGCAUUGAUCGUCAAAUUCUAUAUAAUAUUAAUAAAUUAUCUAUACUGUUUUUAAAUAGAA